UUCCAGCCAAAAAACCAAAUAUGAUCCAAACCAUACCCAGCUUAAGAGAGAGAAACUGAGAGCUGCGGAGAGAGAAACUGAAGCUCUCAUUGAGUCCGUCAAUGGCGGCUCACUGGGUCAAGUCGUUACAGUGCAAAUCCAAAGCUUUUGAGGACGUAUACCACCCCAAUCCCAAGAACCUCAUACCCGGUGCUAGUUGCAGAAAGGGUGUUCAGAGCCUUAAAGACGUGAUCGAGACGACUAAGCACAAGCCCAGAAAAUCCAAGCCCCCGGCGCCGAAACAGCCCAGUAGUUCCAGACAUCAGCGGUCGCCCAAGCCUGAACCGGGUUCUGCUCCAGUGAGCCGGGCUCGUCAGAGUGUGUCUGCUCGGCCUGCGCGACCGGCGGCCCCUUUCUUUCCGGCGCUGACGGAGAUGCCGGAGGGGCACCCUUCGAGGAAUGUGGUGGAGAUAAUCUUCCACACAAGUUGGUCGCCUAAGGCGUUCUCGGGUCGGAUCGAGAUGAUAUUCAAGGUGCAGAACUUGCCAAGAACAGUGACCCGCUUCGAGGAGUAUCGGGAGAUGGUGAAAUCUCGGGCGGGUUCUGGCGGUGGCACGUGGGAGGACGACGCGCGAUGCGUGGCGGAUGGGAACGAGGUGAUGAGGUUCCACUGCUUGGGGCCCACCUCCGGAGGGGUCUACGACGGCGGCGCUGCCGCAUGGGUGUUUCCGGGAGGGAAGGGCUCGGCCAUUUGCACAUUUUCCGGCAGCGGCGGGGCCCACGAGAGCGGCGGUGGUGGGAGAGGUCGGAGGGCCAUGUUGGUUUGCCGGGUCAUAGCAGGCCGGGUCUCGAAGCAAAUCGGAUUGGACUCGUUGUUGGAGGGCCGAGUCGGUUUUGACUCGGUGAGUGGGGAUAAUGGCGAGUUACUAGUGUUUGAUCCUCGUGCAGUGUUACCAUGCUUUCUUAUCAUCUAUAAAUUGUAAAAAUACAUUUGGAAAAAAAAAAAAAAAAACUAUUAACUUUGCUGCAUUUAUCACACCAAUUUCUCUUUCUUCUCCUUUUCUCUUCAAUAUUUUUUUUGGUUUUCCGAUGUUGGGCCCAUUUAUUUUGUGAUUAUGAGAAAAAUUGGAUUGAUAAAUGCUUUCAUUUUA